AAUGCAGGAAUCAAAAUUUCCCAGAAACUUGUGGUGCUGAUAUUUUCCUAUAUGUGGCUGAAAGUGGACCUUAAACAGAAGAAAGAAAGCUUCCAGAACUGCAGAGAAAUCAAUGGCACUGAACUUUGCCCCUUCCUCCUCUCUCUCAACUGCUUCUCUCAGGUUUCAGAUUGGGAAAGGAAUUGCAACCAAGAAUCAUUCUUCUGUUCUCAUCAAACCCGCUACCUCGGAGAAGUAUAUAUAUCAUUGUAAAGCAGCAGCUCAAUCUGAGGGAGUUGCAGAAGAAGAAUCUAAUUCAACAGGUUCUUCAGCACGCACCCAGUUGGAUCUCCUCGAACAACUGACAUCUUCCACUUCCUCUACAAGCGGCUACGAGAGUGAUGGUUACACUCCAAGGUCUACAAUCAGAGAACAACUUUCUGAAUUGAUCAGAGACAGAGAUGGUGAAUUCAUCCUUCCAUUGGGUAAAAAACUGAAAGCAAGCUUGAAUUCCUUGACCAUCUCACAAAAGAGAAACAUCAAGAGACAAGCUUACCUCAAUGAAGUCUCUCGAAGAAAUGAUUCAGUUUUCUUUGCAACCAUUGGAGCAUUUGUGAUUCUACCACCUGUCAUCAUUUUGUCUGUGGCUAUAUUAACUGGUUAUGUCCAACUCUUCCCAUAAUAAUGUAUAUUCUUCUUUGAUCAUGUUACUGUAUAUAAUAGAGAGUACCUCAUGAAUGAACUCUUUUGGUAUGUAUUGAGGAUCA